UUUCACAAAUGUGGAACAAAUAGAAGAAGACUUCAUUCAGCCAUUACAGGCAGGUCGGAGCCGCUCAGUGGAGGACAGGUCAUUAGCAACCCGACAAAAUGUUAUCUGUGAGAGUUGCAGCAGCUUUGGCCCGAAGCCUGCCCAGAAGAGCUGGAUUUGUGUCCAAGACUGUCCCAGCUGCUUGUGUUGGGGUCAACCACCUCCACACACACAGACCAUGUCUGCAGAAGACAGGCACAGCAGAGGUGUCCUCAAUUCUGGAGGAGAAGAUCCUGGGUGCUGACACCUCUGCUGACCUGGAGGAGACAGGACGUGUGCUGUCCAUCGGUGACGGUAUUGCCAGGGUGUACGGUUUGAGGAAUGUCCAGGCUGAAGAGAUGGUGGAAUUCUCCUCUGGUCUCAAAGGUAUGUCUCUGAACUUGGAGCCUGACAACGUUGGUGUGGUGGUGUUCGGUAACGACAAGCUGAUCAAAGAGGGUGACAUAGUGAAGAGGACUGGGGCCAUUGUGGAUGUUCCUGUGGGCGAGGAGCUGCUCGGUCGCGUGGUGGACGCUCUGGGAAAUGCCAUUGAUGGAAAGGGUCCUCUGGGUUCUAAGGUCCGUAGGCGCGUGGGUCUGAAGGCCCCUGGUAUCAUCCCACGUAUUUCUGUGAGGGAGCCCAUGCAGACUGGAAUCAAGGCUGUGGACAGCCUGGUGCCCAUUGGCCGAGGCCAGCGUGAGCUGAUCAUUGGUGACAGGCAGACUGGUAAAACUGCCAUUGCCAUCGACACGAUCAUCAACCAGAAACGCUUCAAUGAUGGCACUGACGAGAAGAAGAAGCUGUACUGCAUCUACGUUGCUAUUGGACAGAAAAGAUCCACUGUGGCUCAGUUGGUGAAGAGGCUUACUGACGCUGAUGCCAUGAAGUACACCAUCGUGGUGUCUGCCACCGCCUCCGACGCUGCUCCUCUGCAGUACCUGGCACCCUACUCUGGCUGCUCUAUGGGAGAGUAUUUCAGAGACAACGGCAAGCACGCCCUGAUCAUCUACGACGAUCUGUCCAAGCAGGCUGUCGCCUACCGUCAGAUGUCCCUGCUGCUGCGUCGUCCUCCUGGUCGUGAGGCCUACCCGGGUGACGUGUUCUACCUGCACUCCCGCCUGCUGGAGAGAGCUGCCAAGAUGAACGACAACUUUGGAGGUGGUUCUCUCACUGCCCUGCCUGUCAUCGAGACUCAGGCUGGAGACGUGUCUGCCUACAUCCCCACAAACGUCAUCUCCAUCACAGAUGGGCAGAUCUUUUUGGAGACUGAGCUGUUCUACAAGGGUAUCCGCCCAGCCAUUAAUGUGGGUCUGUCUGUGUCCAGAGUGGGUUCUGCUGCUCAGACCAGAGCCAUGAAGCAGGUGGCUGGUACCAUGAAGCUGGAGUUGGCUCAGUACCGUGAGGUGGCAGCCUUCGCUCAGUUUGGUUCUGACCUGGACGCCGCCACCCAGCAGCUCCUUAACAGAGGCGUCAGGCUCACUGAGCUGCUGAAGCAGGGACAGUACUCUCCCAUGGCCAUUGAGGAGCAGGUAGCAGUCAUCUACGCUGGGGUCAGAGGUCACCUGGACAAGAUGGAGCCCAGCAAAAUCACAAAGUUUGAAAAGGCUUUCCUGCAACACAUCCUCAGUCAGCAUCAGGACCUGCUCACCGCAAUCAAGGCUGAUGGCAAGAUCUCAGAAGCGUCAGAUGCUAAAUUGAAGCAGAUUGUUUUGAACUUCCUGUCCAGUUUUGAGUAAUGAAUUGCACUUCUCUCAAUCUUCAGUGUCCUCCUAAAGCUUAACUAUAUGUGUGAACAUCCCAAAGGCCAAAACCUCCAUGUACAGACUUCUCCAAAUAAAAAACGUACAACCCUG